AUGGCAACUGUUGCAUAUUGGAAAAUGUUGUUUAAUCAACAUACGAACAAUGGUGGUAUUAAUGGUGCUGUGAAUAGUCAUAAACAACAACAACAACGAUUUAAAUAUUUAGAUUUAUGGUUAAAAUUUCUUGAAGAAAAAGCAUCGCAACGAUCUAUAACUAAAGACACAUGGGAUUUAUUAUUAGAAUUUUCAACAACAAUUAAAGAUGAUUUUACCAAUUAUGAUUUUGACGGUGCUUGGCCAGUGUUACUGGAUGAAUUUGUUGAAUAUGCAAAAAAAGAAACAGGAAUGACAACGACAACGGAACAAAAUAGCAAUCAUAUUCAAUCAACGAUUAUGUAUUCAUUAACAUCAAAUUUAACUCUUAUAUUAUUCCUAAUGUUGUUCUUAAUAAUUACAGUACAAUCAAUACAACCAUUUUCGGAUGUUCCACCCCCACCACCACGACCACAACGAUUUUAUUCACGUCAACAACUUAAAGAAUAUUUACAAAAGGUUCAUGAAUACUAUUCAAUUGUUGGUCGACCACGAUUUGGACGGUCAGAUUCAUCUAUACGGAACAAGAUGAAACCCAAAGAAGCAAUAGCCAAAUCAUAUACAACAUUAAUCGAUGGUAUCGUUGAUUAUCUUGAUAUGAAUAAGGAUGGAUGCAUUACAAGAAAUGAGUAUAGUGAACGAAUACUAAGCAAGUAA